AAUUCUGAACACCUCCUGAAGUCAAGAGUUUUCUCCUCAUCAUCACUAUCAAUAUCUUAUACAUUCACUUCUCAAUCGAAGCUUCUCAAACAUAUUCAAACAAUCUAAUCAAAAUGCAAUUCUCCACCCUUUUGACUCUUGGUCUUGCAGCUAUCAGCGGAGUUGUAGCUGCACCUGCCAGUUACUUCGAUGUAGAUAUUACAUUUAUCGGGGGUCCAGCAAGUUACAGUUUGACUGUUCCCGCGGACGGACAAUUUCACGCUACUAAUAACCCCCUCUCUAUCUCUCUCAUCCGCUCCUCCAACUUCGACGUUUAUAAUCUCUGUACCUUCUACCAUGAUAAUGCGGUUGCGUUGGUGAAUAAUGGAGGGAUUGUUAGUGUGGGUCCUCCAACACCGAUCACUGGUGUGAGCUGCCAGGUGACGGAUGAGAGAUGCAUUCCUAAUUAUAGCGAUUGUUACAGAAACGGACAAUUCCUCGGAUCAUGCUGUGAUGGAUUCUGUGCAGCGAACAAGUGUAGACCUUUCUCUGGUGUUUAAAUCUUUACUCUCAUGAUCUAGUGCAAUCUAAAAUAUUUCUAAAGGGGUAGAAGAGAGGAGUACGUAAUCGCAGGCGUAGAAUUGUCGAGGAGAAUCGAGGAAAUGGGGGGAAUUGAAGGAUGCGUAUUAGUUUACUGUUUUUGAAUUGAGGUGUAUGCAUUUAUGGUUUCGAAUUAUCGUUGUUGUUGUUUGUUUCUAAUUUAAUGUAAUGAGUUUUGUAAUUACACUAUCUCUGAAACAAUCGUUUAGCAGAAGCGUAUCUAAAAUUUAGUCAAUUCAAAUCUUGUUCCU